AAAUUAAUAGUAAAUGAAGUAAAAUAUGAAUAAAUGAAAUGUUUGUUUGUAUUGAAUGUUAUUAACUAUUAAUUGCAAAUUGAAUUGAAUUAGUGUUUAUUAUAGAGUUAUUAUAAAUUGUAGUAAAAGUUUGAUUUGAUUAAUAUAACAGUUGUCUGAAUGGCCGCACACAUCAAGAAGAGAGCUUUGGCACAGUUUGCUAACUCUUCAACACAGGAACAAGUUCUCGAAGACAAACACAAAAAGUUGCGAUUGAGUCGCAAGUCUAAGAAGGAUGAAAGCAAUGAUGAGUCGGCACUUACCACACAAGACACUCACGAAGAACUUAAUCAAUUGUUUAAGAGCAGCGGUGAUGCCGUCAAUGUGUCCGAGUUAUUCAAUUUGUUUCAAAGACAAAGUCGGCAUUCAAUGGAUGCCAACCAUUGCCAUCAAAUAUAUAAGAAAGUGAUACAUAAAUUGAGUAAAAGCCGCGAUUCAAUUGUCAAAAUGUCUUAUAUAACGGCAAUCAAAGAGCUGAUCACUAAUUUUAAUUUAAUUGAAGACGUGUUUGGUAUCAAUUCAUUGAUUGAAGAUUUACUGUCACUUUUAAAGAACGAGUCGUCACAUAUAGUAAUGGCAGAAAUAUUGAAUACUUUGCAUAAGUUGGACAACAAAUUUGAGAUCAAUUAUCAACACAAACUAAAUAUCGUAACGACAGCCAAAAAUUUGCUUCAAAAUAGUUGUAAUCAUAUCGUUAAAAACGAGUGCUUAUUAUUAUUAGCAGAUUUUGCACCAAUUAAUCAAAAGAACAGUCAUUUGUCUCCAGAUAUGAAUCACAUUCAGAUGGAAUGUAUUGCUAUUAUUAAAUUAUUGAGAGAUUUUAGUCAUUAUCACGACUCAAGAGUUCGCUCCACAGCAUUAUCUUCUAUAUUAAGACUUCAUGAAAGAGGAGUUAAAUUAGAUAUAAGUCUUUACAGUGAAUUCUGUGAAUCACUAAACGAUGACUACGAGUGCGCCCGUAUUACAGCUAUUAGACUACUUUUAGUUAUAAGUCAACACUACGGAGAUUGUUUGGUUUUCGUCAACGACGGCUCAGAACAGAUCCGAUUGGCUGACGAUGCCUUUGCCAAAGUCUGUUCAAUGAUGAGCGACCCGUCUAUGAAUGUGAGGGCAGAGUCGGCAUUACUACUUGGACAAUUCACUCAUAUAAGUGUAAACUUCUUGGAACAGACUUUAGAUAAGAAGCUAAUGUCAAAUCUAAGAAAAAAGAAAUCGGCACAUGAAAGACAUAGAGAGACAUAUGAGACGGGCGAGUGGUCUAGUGGUCAGAAGUGGGCCGAUGACGCACCUCAUGAGGAGCUGUGUCCCGACACAGUUAAUCUCAUGAACAUCGGUGCUUGCGGUGCAUUCAUUCAUGGACUUGAAGAUGAAUUUUAUGAGGUGCGAAUGGCAACACUUGAAUCACUUAUGAAAUUAGCACAACUUUUUCCAACAUUUGCUUUACAAGCUCUCGAUUUUUUGGUUGAUAUGUUUAACGAUGAAAUUGAAGACAUUAGGCUUAAAGCAAUUCAAUGUUUAACACAAAUAAGUCGAGGAAAUAUAGUUUUAAGAGAAGACCAAAUCGACAUAAUAUUACCCGUUUUAAAGGACUUUUCUAUUGAUAUUCGAGAAGCACUUCACGCAAUGCUUUCAAAUUGUAAACUAUCCUCUAAAUCAACUCUGAAGACAUGCAUUAAUAAUCUAUUGGAAAAUUUAAAGCGUUAUCCACAGGAUAUGAAUUCUAUUUGGAAGUGCUUCAAGAAAUUGGGAACAAAUCAUCCAUAUCUUACACUACCACUCGUUCCUGACUUACUUGGAAUUCAUCCUUUUCUUGAUUUACCGGAAACCUCUCUUGAAGAUACCGGAUAUAUUGCAAUUUUAAUUGUUGUGUUUAAUGCUGCAAAAGAGUGUACAACAAUGACAGACCUAUUUGAAGAGCAUAUUUGCAAACAUUAUUUUUAUCUUAGGGACACAUAUCCAACAUUAGUUCCACAAUUGUCAUUAUUAUCGGGUGAUAGCGAUCAUCAAUUGGAUCAGUUGGAUGUAAACGAAGGUCAUUCGCGAUCGCAUUCAUUUUUGUUACGGAUUUUUGAAAGAGUCCGAAAUGUUAUGUCUUCGGAGAGCACUUCUAAUCAAAUUCAAUCAGCAGUUCUUAAUCAUUCGAUUAGAGAUUUACAGCACUUGGGAGAAGUGGAGCCUUCAUUAUUAGCCGCAUCUAAUUUUUUAUGCGCUUAUCUUCAAUGCCAGAUGUCUUUGCGUAGAAUUUUGUCGAACACUAAUUGGAUCAAUACUUUCCUUUUGUCAGCUCUUCAGACGAGUUCAUUUAGAUCUUCAAUACAACAAUUGUUAAGCACAACCUUUUCUAUGGUAAAUCGUUUCUAUGGUUUACAUCCAAUUCAAUUGGUUUGUAUUCAAGAAACUCGACUAAAAGUGAUAGCAUUGCAAUUGAUUGCUAUAAUUCAUGGAAGCAAUGUAUCGGCACUGGCUUUAUGUGAAGCAUUUAUUUCAGAAGUUCACUAUUUGGAGAAAUUGUUGACUGACCACAAUCUAACCGCAGACUCUUUGACAUCCAAAAUGAUAAAAGAAAUCAAUUUAUUAGAUGAACCAAAACCAGGAACUGUUGCUCGAGUUUUAAAGCCUUUAUUUCUUUCGACAUCAAAUUCAUCGAUAUCUGAUUUGGAUAUAAUGCUAAACGAAAAAACAUUCAAUGAUUUGGUUAGACUUUGUAUGACUACGGCUACAAUUCAUGAGCCGAGCGGUAAAUCAGACACUCCACUAAAAUUUACCGCAGGAUUAAUACUUGGAUUACCAUUUGAUGCUAUAAUUGAAAAUAUAUCUGACAUAAAAUAUGUUAGAAUUAAAAUCCAUUACCCGGACCAACAAAUACAAGUAGUUUUGCCAAAAUUAAAUGAUUUUAGAUUAAUAGAAUCCAAACAAAAUCCAAAUCUCUCUAACUAUCGGUUAUACACAACAGUCUAUUUAUCACAUGGGGUUUGGGUAGAGUCGUGUCCCGUUGAUAUCAGUCUAGUUUUAGACUUUCGAGACACCACUUCAACCACAUUAACUGCCACUCAGACGUGGAUCUCUUCCUCAACAAAAGGCAAUGCAAUCAAAAGUACUAAAUCUGAAGAUAGUUUUGUUAUAGACAUUUGCAAACCAAUUCGUGUCUAUCUUUCACCAAAAGCACCAAAAAAACUUGUCAUUUGA